UUGUUCUACGUAUGCAGAUAAAUGAUGUUCCGACUGAAUGUGUUUGUAGGAAUUUUUAUUUUAACCUUCUAUGUGUGUAUUGCAACAGCUAUUCCAACCACGGAUGAAGGUUGUGCUGCUAUAAAGGGAAGAUGUCAAAAUGUACGGAUCGCACCUUGCACUGGUGGCAAUAAAUUUUAUGAGUUGUUAUGUGCAGGAACUGAUCAGUUUUGCUGUGCCAGGGAAACUGCUAAAGAGAAAGACUGCCGGGCACAAGGAGGAUCUUGUGAAUACAACUGUGUAGGAUCUAAACCACAUUCAAAUAUUUGUGAAGGUCACAUGUCUUGCUGCAUAGCAUUCCAUUAGCAGAAGUUAUUAGGACUUAUUACAGAUUGAUAAAACGGAAUAAAUUGUAAUACACAGAUGAAUAGAAAUAUGACUCAAAAUAAAAUUAAUGCAAU